UAGAAGGUUCGAAAAGACAGAACGGCGCCGAAAUGGAAGGUUCAUUCAUAGUACCAAUGAAAGGGCAGCAGUAUUCUACUGAAUGAGUCAGUAUAUCUGUCUCUCACUCUCUCCAACCCUUUUUACCCUAACCUCGAUUUCCGUUCCUUUUCUCUCUCUCCCAUGGAAUCUCGUAAAUUGGCUGCGUUACUUUCCUCCCUAAUUUCCCAACUCCUCCUCAUCAUUCUCCUCAUUUUCCCUCCCAAUUCCCUCCACCUCAAUUCCACUCCCAACUCCAAUUCAAAUUCCAAUUCCAAUUCCACCACUUUCUCUCUCAUCCACCACUUCCUCUUCUCCCAACAAACCGCCGUCACCACCACCCUCCUCUCCCGCAAACGCAAACGCCCUAAACACAACCACCGUCCCACGCCUAACCCUGAUUGGUUCCCCAUCUCCUUCCUCAUGUCCUCCUCCACAUUCGAAUGGCUCACCGGUUUACUCGAACCGCUCCUCGAAUGCCGUGACCCGGCUUACCUCUUCCCUCUCAACCUCUCCGCCGGCCUCCGUCUUGGUAUCGGUCUCUUCCGUCUCGCUAACGGCUCCGAUUACUCCCAAAUUUCAUCUCAAUUCAACGUGCCAGUCUCCGUCGCUAAAUUCUGCGUUAAACAACUCUGUAGAGUCCUAUGCACCAAUUUCCGAUUCUGGCUUUCUUUCCCAAACGCUAACGACCUUCGUUCCGUUUCACAGAAUUUCCAAUCUCUCUCCGGUUUGCCUAAUUGCUCCGGCAUCAUUUUCUGCUCUCGCUUCGAAAUCGCUCCAUCAUCCUCCUCCUCCUCACCAUCAGUAUCCCAACAACAGCAACAUUCCACAAUCGCAGCUCAAAUAGUUGUCGAUUCCACGUGUCGAAUUCUCAGCAUUGCGGCUGGUUUUUUCGGUCACAAAACGGACUAUGUGAUUCUUAAGGCUUCGAGUUUGUUCAAUGACAUAGACGACAGAAUGCUAUUGAAUGAUUCUCCGGUGAACGGUGUUAAUCAGUAUUUCAUUGGUGAUUCCGGGUAUCCUCUGCUUCCUUGGCUCAUGGUACCUUUUGGUGAGAAUGUGACUGUUUCUGGUUCCGUUGAAGAGAGUUUCAAUGCUGCUCAUGAACUGAUGCGGAUUCCGGCUCUCAGAACGGAUGCUAGUUUGAGGAAAUGGGGUGUUUUGAGUAGGCCCAUUCGCGAGGAGAUUAAGAUGGCUGUAGCUUAUAUCGGUGCUUGUUCGAUUCUUCAUAAUAGUUUGUUGAUGAGGGAGGAUUUUUCUGCUUUGGUUUGUGAUUUUGAACCUCAGAGGAAAAAUGGAGAACCUUGUGUAUUGGAGGAUGAUCGUUUAACGGAGGAGGCUUUGGCGAUGAGGAUGACAUUGGCUACGAUGGCAAAGAAAAUUAGUAGUUAGCUCAGUUCAGAUUCUUAAUUGGUGGGGGAAAGGUAUACGGAUUCAUGAUGCUUCGAGAUGUAUGCAAUUUUUCAGCUUCCACUCUUAGUUAAUUAGUGUGGAUGCGGUAUUGUAAAUACUGCCUCUUGAGCAUUUCAUAGUUAUAUUCUUUUUGAUGAUUACAAGUCUUUUGAUAAUGUUAUAGAUUUAAUUUCAUUGAUGAUAAUGGAUGGGUUUGUGAUGGUUUUUUGGAAUGUGUAAAAAGUAGCCAUAGUGCAUAAACAUAUGUAGCACCGACACUUCUGAAAAAGGAGUGUAUGUGUCAGACACCUACACCGACACUUGUGAUUACGUUUAAUUUAUUUAAUUUUUCAAAUUAUUACCGGUGUCGCUGUGUCAGUGUCAGUGUUGUGAUCAGGGGUGUCCGUGCUUUAUGUUAAUGACCAUUUCUCACUUUUUGUUAUGAACUAGUUGGAUUGAAUAGUUUCAUCACUCAUACCAUUUUGAUUCAUUGUUAAGUUAAUGACCAUUUGAUAUUGCCAUGUUACCCAUUACCAAUCUUUUGGAAUUGCCAGAGACAGUUGAACUUGUUUAUGCUGCUUUUAGUUUUGUCACUGUUUUGAGUUGAGUUAGUCCGGAUAAGGCUUGAUGGAAUUUGUAUCUUGCAAGUUGUAACAUGAUGCUAAACAGACGCACCUUGCAAAUUUAACAGUGAGUUAUAAAUAACGGUCACGUUGCAGCCAUGUAAAGGCUUUCGCGAUUUCGGUCGCGUUGCAGACAUGUAAAGGCUUUCGCGAUUUCGGUCGCUACAGGUGUUACGACAUCUGAUUGCGGUUGUUGCAGUGUGAAUUAAACACAAUUUGUUGUUUAUCAUAAAAAUGGUGAAUAAAUAGUAUUGGUAUCGACACCUUCCGAUACCGUUUUGUCACGGCUGUUUUUGUGGUUAUGAAUCCAUUUUAAAACUUUGUGUUGUAGUUAGAAAAGUUUUGGUCAUUAGUAAUAAUCUUAGUUCUGUAAACUUGAUCUUUCUUGAUGAUAUUUAGUGCCCUUAUUGACAGUUAGAAGACUAGAUGGACAUGCAUUUAACUGUGUGAUUUGUUACCUAGCUAAAACUUUACUACUAUAUAUUUCUUGUAACUGCAAAUCGGGAGCAUUGAAACCUCAUGAUCCCUUUGAUAUGAUUUAGUCUUUUGCUUCUUUAAUUCCCCAGGAAAUUGCCUGAUAUCAACUCUAUUAUUGUAUUGAUUACUGGUUAGAUUAGCUGUCUUAAUUGCUCUUUUCUGUUCUUAGUGGUCCGAGAAAACUAUAAGCAAACAGUGCUUUACUCUUUGAAGUUCUGAACAUUUGCUGUUAUCUUAUGGUAAUAAGUUAUUGAUUACCAUAUAAUCUUCUAUCCAUGGCAACAACAUGACAA